AAUAACUUUUAUGGAAUUGGACAUGAAAUUACUGAUAUUGCAUGAGUUACAAGAUAAGACUGAUGAUGGCUCUACUGCUGCUCUUGUUGUGUGGAGGCCUCACUGCUACUACUAGUAGUGCCUUGGAUUGCAGCCUACCAGUGUCCCCUGCGACGUACACUGCCUUCCCAACACCCUACAACAAUGUCCUAGUACUACACCCUGGUUUACCAGACUGUACUCUUUUUCGAAACACCUACUUCCAAUGUGGCUAUAGCAGAGUGCUGGGAGAUGGGGAGACCAUCCCCUCUGUACCUAAUCUAAGCAACUCUGCCUACGUGAGAUACUUUCUGGCCUGGAAUAAAGGACUAACCGUGGCGUAUGUUGACUUUGACCUCACUCAAGUCACUACUGAUGUGACAGCCCUUCAACUCAGCUUCUUGAACAGUCCCAUCAACAGGAUAAGUCUACCCAAUAUACAGCUAUCCACUGUAGUACAGUAUGGAGGGUCACUUGAGACAGACACACUGACACCCAUAACAAGUUGGCUACUCCACAACCAACACCUCUCUCCACUUGAUAACCAAGUGAGAACAGUGUCCAUACAGCCACUCAGCGCAGCAACACUAUCUGCAAGUCAUCUCAGGAUUGAAAUUCAAUUCACAGAAUUCCACGAUUUUGAUUGGUUUUUUCUAAGUGAGGUAACAUUCUGCACAGACCCACUACCGUUGUUUGAACCCAACAUAACCUUCGACUCAUCAUCUACCACUAUCAUCCAGCCAAGUGCUGAGGACCUGAGCAGUGGAUCAAUAGAGUUAGUGUGUACAGUGUCUAGUCAAGGUUCGUACACAUGGCAGUGGGAGAGAGACAGUUCCACUGGCAUUGAUGGUGUUAUCACUAUUGGAGAUGGGAGCAGAACUACUCGACUAACUAUAUCUAAUCUGAACUUUAACAAUGCUGGCCUCUACUCGUGUAUCGCUAUGACAACUAACACCAUGGGUACACAGGUUUCCAACACUUUAGUUCAGGAAAUACAAUUUCCAGAGGUCGUGACGAGUCCUGCUAUCAUCAGUGGACAAGAUGUGGUAAUGCUUGUGUGUCAUCUCCAUGGCUACCAGACCUCCCCCUCCCCUCCUGUUUGGUUCAACACUAGUGGAGGUCAACUCAUACAGUCUCUUAAACACACACUUGAUGUCAGUCAAGGGAACAGGGAGAUUGUCCUGGAGAAUGGAACCAUUCUACCCAGCCUGAUGGUGACCCUGACAAUACACAAUCUAUCAACAGCAGAUGAGGGGAACUACACGUGUCGUGGGCUCAGAGAACAGAGUGUGACUCAGCUGACUGUGUUGCCUCCACCCACCACACAGCCGCCCACUACACAGCCUCCUACCACACAACCACCCUCCACACAGCCGCCCACUACUGAGAGUACAUCCACCAUUGCCAGUAGUCCUGGAGACAACACUAUGGCAGUCACUACUGUCACUACUCCUCCUCCCAGCACCACCACCACCAUGGUCUCCACUGUACCAGUCAUUGCUGCAGUCGGGGUAGUGGGCGGUCUAGCACUGCUAUGUGUUCUCAUGGCCUCGCCUGCACUGAUAGUAUACGGAGUACAGAAGAUGAAGUACAGUCGAGAGAAGAGGGUAUUCCUGCAGAACCAUCAGAUGUCACAUGACUCUCCCAAAGCGCUCCAUCGUCAUCCACAUGACCCACUCCCCCCUGACAAAGUAGUAGCUAUGGAGAACCCAGUCUACAAACACAAAACUGAUCAUGCAUCGUACGAACAAAGUGAAGUGUUCUCUUAUUAUAGAGACUUGUAAUUACUCUCUUUUGUGUUCCGUGUGGAUUUUUAUUAAUUAUGAUUGUGACAGAAUG